AUUCAAGUUUUUGUCAAGUUUAAUUUUAUUAUGGACUCAAAUUACUAUUCUCAUUCGUUCCCAUAAAGAUUAUGCCUAUAAAUUUGAUUAUUAUAUAUUUUAUUAUCUCAAUUAUUAUAGUUCCCAAUCUAGUGACUUUUUAGUGGUGUUUUAUUAAUUUUAAAUGUUGUAUUUUGUCUUUAUAUAUAUAAACAUUCGUUUAAAAUCAAUUUAUACUCUAACAACGACUAAUGGUAGUCAUUUAUAACGGUUUAACGAAAAUUUACUACCCUUUUGUGAGAAUUAGUGGCUGUUUAACUUCAGCAGUGUGAAAUUUAGGAAACUGGGGAAAAAAUAAUAAGAUGAAGCAGCAAAAAAUUUGUAACAGGAAACUCCCAAUUUUCGAUAACUCUGCACUCAAGAAUUAGGAUAUGUUUAUAGGAAUUUUAUUACUUUAGAUAAACGAACUGUUUCUGACACCGAAAUUAAUAUUAAUUUUACUAUGAACGAGUGGUAAACGUGAAGAUGAUUAAAAUAAACCGAAAACUUUUACCAAUAAAGGCCCAUUACUUUUUUUUCAUGGCAGCGAUGGGUCCGGUACUUCCUCAAUUACCAGUCCUUGGUAAGGAACUGGGCGUUUCUUCCAUGGUAAUUGGUACGAUAACGGGAAUAUUACCCAUAAUAUUUCUAAUCGCCAAACCUGUUUUCGGAUUGAUCGUAGAUAUAUUGAGAAACCAUCGGAAAAGUAUAUUCAUGGGUCUUAUUUUAAUCAUGACAGUUUGUUUUGCCCUUUUGGGUUACGUACCUCCGCAACCUACUUUGACAUUUGACGUACGAAACGUCAACGGAAACGUUUUGGAAGAAUGUACGUCAUCGGACGUACUAGACGAAACAAAAUGCGAUAAUCAAAUUAAACGGAUAUUAUGUAGUUCGAAAUGUUUUAUUCUACCGAUGUCGUUUCUCGUAAAUUUAACUGAUACUAAUCCGAAUAUAACUGAAUCGAAUUUGUGUAAAAUGAGUAACGAGACCGUAUCAAACGAUUGCGAUUUAAUUUGUCAUCAAGAUUUCGAAAACGGACGCAAUUGUUUAUACAAAAAGUUCACAUUUUGGGCUUUCGUCGUUCUGAUGUCGAUCGGUUCGAUCGGAUUCAACGUUGUCAAUUCGAUAAGCGACGCCAUAUGCUUUGACGUCAUCGGACAAGAUUUCGAUUAUGGUAAACAAAGAGUAUGGGGUACGAUCGGAUAUGGAUGUUCCGCGUUGAUAGCUGGAUACGCAGUCGAUUAUUUUUCUGGAACGUCCAUUACCUACACCCCGGCUUUGUUCGUGAUGGUCGUUUGUUCCGUUUUUGAUUUGUUAGCUUGUAUUAAACUCAAGCUACCGAUAAUGGAGGCCUCGGACAACAUCUUUAAGGAUCUGAAAAAUUUGAUGAAGGACAAACGAGUCGUUGUGUUUCUUAUUUUUGCCGUUUUUUCGGGAAUCGUCGAUAGUUUCAUAGUUUAUUAUUUAUUCUGGUAUUUGGAGGACUUAGCUCAAAUGUCUCGAAUUGGUAAUAUCAAAUUAUUAGAGGGAGUUAUCGUAGCUGCCGAAACUUUAGGGGGAGAAGUUAUUUUUUUCUCCAUAUCGGGAAUGAUUUUGAAACGGUUCGGGCACGUUCACUGUUUCAGUAUGUGUUUUAUCAACUACGCCCUCCGUUUAGGCCUAAUAUCGAUCGUACCUUCCCCUUGGUGGAUAGUACCUAUAGAAAUCGUUUUCCAAGGGCCUACUUACGCUCUCACGUACACCACUAUCGUGGCGUACGCCAACGAAUUAGCUCCACCCGGAGCGUCGGCUACUAUGCAAGGAAUAGCCGCUGGUAUGGACGACGGCUUCGGUUACGCCGUUGGAAGUUUCAUGGGAGGAUUGUUAUAUAAAUAUUUGGGUGGGAAAUGUACAUUACAAAUAUUUAGUCUGAUUGCUUUGGUUUGCAGUAUUGUACAUUUGAUACUGCACAAAACGAUAUUGAAACCAGUAGAAUCGACGAAAGUCUACGAGUAUAAAUCUCCUGAAGAAGCGAUCGCGACUACAUUGGAAAAUUAUCGUAUCUAAUGUAAUUUUUAACCUUAUCUGAUUAUUUUUUUAUUAAACAAUAUAUUUUAUAUCAA